UUCUCGCAGGUCUCUAAUCCCCGAGUCGUCGUCGCCACUCACUCGCCCAGACGACAGCCACCACCGCGAUGGCGCAGAUCAUCGACGGCAAGGCCAUCGCCGCCGACAUCCGCCGCGAGGUCGCGGCCGAGGUCGCCACGCUCUCAUCUGCCCACAACGUCGUGCCCGGGCUAGCGGUGGUGAUCGUGGGGAGCAGGAAGGACUCGCAGACGUACGUGAACAUGAAGCGCAAGGCCUGCGCCGAGGUCGGCAUCCGCUCCGUCGACGUCGACCUCCCCGAGGACAUCUCCGAGCUCGCGCUCGUCGCCGAGGUCCACCGCCUCAACGCCGACCCCGCCGUGCACGGCAUCCUUGUGCAGCUUCCAUUGCCUAAGCACAUCAAUGAAGAGAAGAUAUUGAGUGAGAUCAGCAUUGAGAAAGAUGUCGAUGGUUUCCAUCCUCUCAAUAUUGGCAAACUUGCAAUGAAAGGCAGGGAACCACUUUUUGUACCAUGUACACCAAAGGGAUGCAUGGAGCUCUUGUCACGGAGUGGAGUUACCGUUAAAGGGAAACGAGCAGUUGUGGUUGGCCGCAGCAAUAUAGUCGGGCUACCUGUAUCCCUUCUCCUUCUGAAGGCAGAUGCAACAGUAUCAAUUGUGCACUCACGGACCUCGAAUCCGGAAAGCAUUGUCCGCGAAGCUGACAUAGUCAUUGCAGCAGCUGGGCAGGCUAUGAUGAUCAAAGGGGACUGGAUCAAGCCAGGCGCUGCCGUUAUAGAUGUUGGGACGAACUCAGUCGACGACCCUACCAGGAAGUCUGGGUACCGGCUCGUCGGUGAUGUGGAUUUCGCAGAGGUGAGCAAGGUCGCCGGUUACCUGACGCCAGUCCCAGGAGGCGUCGGCCCAAUGACGGUGGCGAUGCUGCUGAAGAACACGGUGGACGGCGCAAAGCGGGGAAUAGUCGAGUAGGAGGCAUUUCAUCUCGCUCUCAUAUUCUGUACGAUCUGUAAUGCAAGGAUGGGAACUUAAAAAGGUUUUGUUAUCCCGUUUAAUAAAUGCAAUAAAAUGAUUACUGGCUUUGCUUC